AUGGCAACCGUCGAUGCCUCUCCGCCGAAAGGUCAAAAUGGCUCUCCAGAGACGUCCUUUCGGACGAUAGCCGAUCCUCGAAACGCAAGCACCACCGACCUGUCCAGAUCCGACUCCGAGUCUUCCAGACAUCCCGAUCUCAACAGCGAAGUUGCCGCCUUGAGCGACAAGCUCAUUAGUGCCAUCAACCACCAGACCACUCUCGAUGACACGCUGGCACAAACGAGGCAGGAACUAGAAGCGUCCAAGGCAAGGGUCGCAAAACUGGAAGCAGAGGCGAGGGAAUAUGAAGAGAAGGUUGCACGUGGGGAUCUGCUCGCAAAGGAGAGUGUUGAAGAACAAACCAACAAGCUUUGGGCCGAGCUCGAGGAGGAACGGAGGCAAAAGGUACAGAUCCAACAAGAAAAGCGCGGGAUCGAGUCGGAACUGGAAACCCUCACCGCGUCUUUGUUCGAUGAGGCCAAUAAGAUGGUGGCGACUGCCAAUCGAGAUCGUGAUGCCACAGAGAAGAAGAAUCAGCAGCUCCGAGACCAAAUCAAAGAUGGAGAGGCGGUGAUUGCGUCUCAGACUGAGCAGCUGACCGAACUCAAGGAACUCAUGCAGCAGAUCGGGCCAAGUUCAGAUUAUCGAAGGGAGCUUGACUCACCCCGGGUAUCACUGGCACCUUCGAGUCCGGGGGUUGCAAGGGAAGACAACAACCUCGUCCGUCUUCUCGAAGCCAUGAAUCUAUCGCCCAUCUACCCCGAGCAUGGCGAAAUCACUCCCAGCCCUUCGACUCAGCUCACUCAUCUAAUCAGACCUGUCUGCCGGACAGACAUCCCUGCCUAUGAGGAUUUUAGAACUCUUGUCCACACUUCACACUUCCGCUCGCACAAUCCCUCUCACGCCCCAUCACGAGCGGGGUCUGGCUCGUACGGAGGUCUCAACAUGAUGGGACUCGGUUCGCUGAACAACAAUUCGAAUCCGAAUCUCUCGCAAAUCUCUCAACCCGCGACCUCGAAAUUAGCCAAUUCACCGAAUUUGCCCGGGUCAUUCAGUCCCAACCCCGAUAGCAAGGGCCCUGUACCACUUAAAGAUACUCGCUUCUACAAGCGGAUCUUGGUCGAGGACAUCGAACCGACAUUGCGCCUCGAUCUCUCCCCAACCCUUUCAUGGUUGAAUCGCCGCAGUAUCCUGUCGGCACUUGGUGAAUCGACACUCAUUGUCGAACCUAUCCCUGAAGCCUCUUUUAAACUGUACGGAAAAUACACUCCUUGUGCACUGUGUGGGGAAAACAGAAAGGAAGGGGAAAACCCGCGCACGCACGCGAUGAGGGUACGUGAAGGAGAAGGUGCAACGAAGUGGUCGAUCUGCACCCUGUGUCUGGAAAAGGUACGUGGGGUGGGUGACUUGGUGGCUUAUGUGCGCAUGGUCCGAGAAGGGGUUGUGAAAGUCGGAGACAGGAAGGAUGAAGAAGACGCCUGGGAAGAGUUGGUCCGGUUAAGGGAACGGUUGUUCUGGGCCAGGAUGGCGGGUGGUGUGGUCCCCGCAUUCCUGCCAACGCCUAAGCAGACACCAGUCGAGGAUGGGAAGAUGGAGGUUGUGGCGGAUGCGAGUGGCGAGAUGGGGAAGGACGACAGUGCUCCCCAUGCGGAAGCCAGCACGCCGCCACAGCAUGCUGUGGAUCAGUCUCAGGAUUCGACUCCCGAUGCAGAACAUGCCGAGUCCGAGACUGCCUCUGAGCAGGCGGCGCAACUUCAACUCCAGCAAGCUCUGGAUGAAAGUCUGACCACAUUCGACAACUUCAAAGAGAAGAGGAUAAGCGGCCACGGCAAUCCUCGGAGCUCGAGCACGCCGCCGACGACGCCGCCUCGUCAGCCGCCUGUCAAACGGCAAUCAUCCGGCGGAGGCGGCCUUAGCUUCCCGAGAAUCAAUAUUCCUAGGCUUCCGACGGCCUUUUGGGAAGGCCAGGUCAAUACACUGCACUAG